AUGGCACCAGUCGGCGCUCUACUCUGGCGUUCGCUCAGAACGUACCAGAUCUAUGGCGCCAACACCGACGUCGGCAAGACCGUCUUCGCCUCUGUUCUGUGCAACGCCGCCCGUACGUUUUGGCCGCGUGAGCAGACGGCGUUCCUGAAACCCGUUUCCACCGGCCCGGCUGCCGACGCCGAUGAUGGUCACAUCGAGCGGUUCGCGCCCGCCGUCGCGAAGAAGACGCUGUUCCAGUUUGAUAUCCCGGCGAGCCCCCAUCUAGCCGCGGAAGCCUCGGACCAGCCCACCCCGAAGAACAGUCAAAUCCUGAGAAGCAUUCACGACUACGCAUCGCGCCGUGCGGCCGAGGGCCCGGGCUGGCUCUUCAUCGAAACGGCCGGCGGAGUCCAUUCGCCGGCGCCGUCCGGGACCACGCAGGCCGACCUCUACACCCCGCUCCGCGUGCCGGUCGUCCUCGUCGGCGACGCCAAGCUGGGCGGCAUCUCGCAGACCAUCUCGGCCUUUGAGUCGCUCACGCUCCGCGGCUACGACGUCGAGAGCGUCCUGCUCUUCCGCGACGACUACUACCGGAACCACGCCUACCUGGCCGACUACUUCACGCGCGACCGCGGGAUCCCCGUCGGCGCGCUGCACCGGCCUCCGGCCCGCGCCGACGACGCCCGGGCGGACGCCGAAGCCAUGGCUCGCUACUACCGCGAGGCGGCCGCGAGCGACGUGGCCAGAGACGCCCUGGCGCACCUGCACGACCGCCACCUCGCCCGCGUCUCCCGCCUCGAGACCAUGGCCCGCGACGCCCACAGCACCAUCUGGUACCCGUUCACGCAGCACAGGGGCCUGACGCCCGACAAGAUCACGGCCAUCGACUCGGCCCACGGCGACGACUUCCAGACCCUCGUCCCCGCGGGCGGCGCGGCGCGGCGCGACGACCAGGCGCUGCUGCAACCCUCGUUCGACGGGUCCUCUUCGUGGUGGACCCAGGGCCUCGGCCACGCGAACCCGGAGCUCACGCUGGCGGCGUCGUACGCCGCCGGCCGCUACGGCCACGUCAUGUUCGCCUCGGCCGUCCACGAGCCGGCGCUCGCGCUCGCCCAGGCCCUCCUGCGGGGCCUGCGGAACCCGCGCCUCGCCCGCGUCGAGUGGUACGACGCCAAGGGCUUCUGGUUCGACUACCCCUCCGUCGUGUGCAGGGACGGCACGUGGCGCGUCCGCGUGCCCGAGGCCCUGCGCCCGCACCUGGGCGGCGGCUGGGAGUUCGGCGCCUUGUCCGAGGUCUUUGACGUCGUCGGCAGGGAGGAGGCGCGGCAGGCCCGGCUGUACGAGAAGUACGUGGUCGAGACCCUGGGUCGCCUCCGCGACCAAGGCCGCAAGUUCGGCGCUUUGGUUAUGGAGCCCGUCGUUCUCGGGGCAGGCGGCAUGAUCAUGGCCGACCCCCUGUUCCAAAGGACGCUCGUCAAGGUCGUCCGCCGGCACCCGGAGCUUUUCGGCACGGCGAGCAACGCCCCCUCGGCCGAGACGACAGACGCCAACGGCUGGACCGGCCUCCCGGUCGUGUUCGACGAGGUCUUCACCGGCCUCGGCCGUCUCGGCCGGAUGUCGGCGGCGUCGUUCCUCGGCGUCGACCCGGACGUCGUGGUCAACGCCAAGCUCCUCACCGGCGGGCUCGUGCCGCUCUGCACGACGACCGCGUCCGACAGCAUAUUCCGCGCGUUCGAAGGCGACGAGAAGAGCGACGCCCUGCUUCACGGCCACAGCUACACCGCACACCCCGUGGGAUGCCAGGUCGCCGUCAAGUCGCUGCAGGAGCUGCAGAGGAUGGACCGAGACGGAGAGUGGGACUGGGCCAAGACCGGGGGGUGGGCGCCUGUCGCGGCGUCCGGGACCCGCGCCUCGCAGUCUGGCGGCGGCGGCAACAUCCCUGCGGCAUGGUCGGUGUGGUCGCAUUCCUUCGUGGACUGGGUCUCGAGGCAGACGGGCCGCGUGGACGGAGUAUGGGCUCUGGGGUCGGUUCUCGCGAUCCACAUGGAGGACGGCGAGGGCGCCGGCUACUCAAGCACCGCGGCCGCCGAUGUCCAGAGCGCUCUGCUCCGUAGGGGGGAGGACGGCCCGGGGGGUGCGCGAUGGAACGUCCACAGCAGAGUCCUCGGAAACGUGCUCUACGUGAUGACGAGCCAAACGACGAGGCAAGAGGAUGUCCAGAGGCUGGAGGCUCUUCUUCGGAAGGCUCUUGGCUGA